GGGGGAGGGCCGGGUGUCGGCGCGCUUGGCGUGCGGGAUCCGAGUGGCUGCGGGCGGCCUGAGCUGCCCGGCCGACGCCUGCUGCGAGAUGGCGAUCUUGGGCGCGGAGGGCUGAGGAGGCGCCGCCGCGGUGGCUGCGGGCCCCGGGAGCCGCAGCUUUGCGCGGGGUUGUCUCCUCGCCAGACUAUGAGCUCCUUGACAGAAGAAAUCGUGUCUUAUUCAUCUUCGUAUCCUCAGUGUCUGGCACAGUUCUUGAUACACAAGUCAAGGUGAAUUUUGGGACAUGGCCACUGCUUCACCAAGAUCUGACACUAGUGAUAUCCACAGUGGAAGGUUACAGUUAAAGGUAACGGUUUCUAGUGCCAAACUAAAAAGAAAAAAGAACUGGUUUGGAACAGCAAUAUAUACUGAAGUCAUUGUAGAUGGAGAAGUUAAGAAAACAGCAAAAUCCAGUAGUUCCUCUAAUCCAAAAUGGGACGAGCAGCUGAUUGUAAAUGUGACCCCACAGACCACCUUGGAGUUCCGAGUUUGGAGUCACCACACUUUAAAGGCAGAUGCUCUAUUAGGAAAAGCAACAGUGGACUUGAAACAAGUGCUGUUAACACACAACAGAAAAUUAGAAAAAGUGAAAGAACAAUUAAAACUUUCCUUGGAAAACAAGAAUGGAAUAGUGCAAACUGGGGAACUGACAGUUGUCCUUGAUGGAUUAGUGAUUGAGCAAGAGCCUGUAACAAACCGCAGCUCCUCGCCACCCAUAGAAAUUCAGCAAAAUGGAGAUGCCUUACAUGAGAAUGGAGACCCUGCAACAAGGACAACUCCCAGGUUGCCUGUUGAAGGUACUAUUGGAAUUGAUAAUCAUGUAUCAACCAAUACUGUUGUUCCCAACUCCUGCUGUUCACAUGUAGUUAAUGGAGAAAACACACCUUCAUCCCCGUCUCAGGUUGCUGCCAGACCCAAAAAUGCUCCAGCUCCAAAGCCAGUCACAUCUGCGCCCACCAGUGACACGGUUAAUGGAGAAUCAUCAUCUGUCCUAGCUGAUAAUACUUCAACCAUGGGUACUUUACUACCAUCUGAAGAUACCACCUCGACUUCCAAUUGCACUAGCACCACCACCCAAGAGCCUCCUGUACAAGAACCCCCAGCAUCCUCAGAACACAGUGAAUGUAUUCCCUCUGCCAGUGCGGAAGUGGGACCAGAAGCUCGGAGCCUCAUAGACCCUGACUCUGAUUCUAGAAAUAAUUCUGUGUUUGACAAAGUAAGGCAGCCAGAAGGGUGUGUAGAACCUCUGCGGCCACAGUCUGGAAACACCAACACAGAAGCUUUGCCAUCAGGGUGGGAACAGAGAAAAGAUCCUCAUGGUAGAACCUAUUAUGUGGAUCAUAAUACUCGAACUACUACAUGGGAGAGACCACAGCCUUUGCCUCCAGGUUGGGAAAGAAGAGUUGAUGAUCGUGGAAGAGUUUAUUAUGUGGAUCAUAACACCAGAACAACAACCUGGCAGCGGCCUACUAUGGAAUCUGUUCGAAAUUUUGAACAGUGGCAGUCUCAGCGGAAUCAAUUGCAGGGAGCUAUGCAACAAUUCAACCAACGAUACCUCUAUUCGGCUUCCAUGUUAGCUGCAGAAAAUGACCCCUAUGGACCCUUACCACCGGGCUGGGAAAAAAGAGUGGAUUCAACAGACAGAGUUUACUUUGUGAAUCACAAUACAAAAACAACCCAGUGGGAAGAUCCAAGAACUCAAGGCUUACCAAAUGAAGAACCCCUGCCCGAAGGCUGGGAAAUCAGGUAUACUCGGGAAGGUGUUAGGUACUUUGUUGAUCAUAACACGAGAACAACAACAUUCAAAGACCCUCGCAAUGGGAAGUCAUCAGUAACUAAAGGUGGUCCACAGAUUGCUUAUGAACGCAGCUUUAGGUGGAAGCUUGCUCACUUCCGUUACUUGUGCCAGUCUAAUGCACUACCGAGUCAUGUAAAGAUCAAUGUGUCCCGACAGACAUUAUUUGAAGAUUCCUUCCAACAGAUUAUGGCAUUAAAACCAUAUGACUUGAGGAGGCGAUUAUAUGUAAUAUUUAGAGGAGAAGAAGGUCUUGAUUAUGGUGGCCUUGCAAGAGAAUGGUUUUUCUUGCUUUCCCAUGAAGUUUUGAACCCAAUGUAUUGCUUAUUUGAGUAUGCAGGCAAGAAUAACUAUUGUUUACAGAUAAAUCCAGCAUCAACUAUAAAUCCUGACCAUCUUUCAUACUUCUGUUUUAUUGGUCGCUUUAUUGCAAUGGCACUGUUCCAUGGAAAGUUUAUUGAUACUGGUUUCUCUUUACCAUUCUACAAGCGUAUGCUAAGUAAAAAACUUACUAUUAAGGAUUUGGAAUCUAUUGAUACUGAAUUUUACAACUCUCUAAUCUGGAUAAGAGAUAACAAUAUUGAAGAAUGUGGCUUAGAAAUGUACUUUUCUGUAGACAUGGAGAUUCUGGGAAAAGUUACUUCACAUGAUUUAAAGUUGGGAGGUUCCAAUAUCCUGGUGACGGAAGAAAACAAAGAUGAAUAUAUUGGUUUAAUGACAGAAUGGCGUUUUUCUCGAGGAGUACAAGAACAGACCAAAGCUUUCCUUGAUGGGUUUAAUGAAGUUGUUCCCCUUCAGUGGCUACAGUACUUUGAUGAAAAAGAAUUGGAGGUUAUGCUGUGUGGCAUGCAAGAGGUUGACUUGGCAGACUGGCAGAGAAAUACUGUUUAUCGACAUUAUACAAGAAACAGCAAGCAAAUUAUUUGGUUUUGGCAGUUUGUGAAAGAGACUGAUAAUGAAGUACGAAUGCGACUCUUGCAGUUUGUGACUGGAACCUGUCGCUUGCCUCUAGGAGGAUUUGCUGAGCUCAUGGGAAGUAAUGGGCCUCAAAAGUUCUGUAUUGAAAAAGUUGGCAAAGACACCUGGUUACCAAGAAGCCAUACAUGUUUUAAUCGCUUGGAUCUACCACCAUAUAAGAGUUAUGAACAACUAAAGGAAAAACUUCUUUUUGCAAUAGAAGAGACAGAGGGAUUUGGACAAGAAUGACUGACUUGUCUUGGAGAAGCUCUUGCAUUUAAAUACCCAGCCAAGAAAAAUUGCACAGAUAGUGUGUAUAAGCUGCUCAUUCUGUACAGUGAAUUUUCUGAACCUUUCAAAGUAUAAAUGUUUUCCGUUCUUCCACAGAAAUAUGCAAAACAUUUCAUCAUUUUCUACUUUAUUUAUUGUUCCCUUUAAAUGACUGACCAGGAAAAAAAAAUCAUCCUUAAAUUUUGACGCAAGCAAGAGAAUUUAUUAAAAAGUAUAUAUCUAUAUAACCAUAUAUGACAGUGGCUCUAGUUUUAUAGAGCGCCAGGUGUAUUAAACAUGACAGCCGUUCAUUCACAAAACUCUGAAUUUGCUUUGCCUUGUUUCUGUUUUCCAGGGGAAAAGUGCAUAUGUGCCAUGUUCUUCUCCCUAGGUGACAUUGGAUUGUGUUAGCUGCAUGGCUGUUCAGGAAGGAAUUUAGGGCUUAAGCCAACUCUUACUUUAAGUGUAUUUUUUUAAAUUGCUGCUGGCUUUUCUGAAGACAAGUACUUCAACUCAUUAAGUUGUACUAAAUGAAUAGGUUUUUUUUAAUCACAUCAUUGUUAUAUCAGUAGACACAGAAGUCGUGUGAUAGAUCCAGUCGUGUCUAGGAGCAGCUGGGAUUGACUUGCUGCAGAGCAGAGGUCUAUUUACAUCUUACUUUCGGAUGUUGGGUAUUUGUGGAAAUUUAAAGAAUCAGGCAUCUCUAUACUUACAUUUUUAAACUUGUAAUGUUCUUCAAAUUCAAUUGCUAAUGAUUUGAUAGUUUAAUGCUUAGGGAUACAUAAAAGGUACUGAACUUGGCUGCUUCUGUGCUCAAGGUUUACUUGUAUGAAGUCAGAGAUGUUCUAAUGGAUUGAAAAGCUGCAGAAGUAUUUAAACGCUCACACUAAGUACUUUUUAUUAGUGUUUGAAUGUCCCCACCCCUUCCUUACAAAAUCAGAAUUGUUUCUAAAUUCAGUAGGUAUAUUAAAAGAAUUCUUUGUGCUCCCUAUUUUAUACAGAGCAAGUUUUCUCCAAAUGACACUGAUUUUUCUUUUCAUUAUAAGGGCAUUCUUGGUGUAUGAAAAAAAUUAAAAUCUAAUGUGAAUGAUACUGCUACUUUUAGCAAACUGGGCUUCCUAAUUAAUAUAAAACAUUAAUUUCCAUUUUUAUCCUUUCAAUAUGCACUGCGAAGUUCAUUAACUUAAAAUUUUGUAACUAUGAAGUUCACUUAGAAUUAUAACUUCUAUCCACUAGUUUAGUUUUGCUAAGAUUUUAUUUUUCUACUUUAGAUUAUGUUCUUCAGUUUUAUUCAGAAUUCACAAAUAAAAGCAGUAGUCUACUUAGUUGAAUAAACUAUAGAAAAUCUGGCUAUUCUCAAGCUUAAAAGAAUUUUUUUAAUUCUAACAUAUGGCAAGUUAUAUAGUAAAUGAUGGCCAGUCUUCAAAAGUCCUGCAUAAAUUAUUCUGUAAGAUAAUAAACUUGCUAUGACAGAAAGUAUCGGCUUUCAUUCAGUGGAGGUAUGUGACAGCAUCCCUUUGCAGAUAUGGUUUACGGUUGCUUUCAGGUAGGAUGUCAGGGAGCAUCCCUUUUGUUAGGUUACCUCACGUGAGGAACAGAACCCACAAGAUCAAGCCAGCCUUCUGGGGAAGACUAGUCUGCAGACCUCAUCAGGUUCUUAACCUUUCAUACCAGUUAUAGACUUCAGGCCUAUAGACUUGUUUAUCUACUCAGUAGUCAAAGUCUUAAAGAGAGGUGAAUCACCCCUGCUGUCUCCUUCCCAUCCCUCUUCUGAACUGGACCCUCCACAUCUGGCUCACUGAAUCCAGUAAGACAAAGUUGGAGGUGAGGAGGACCGAGAGACAGGUUAAUAAUGAUGCUUUAUUAUAGUGACAGUUCCCAACAUCACCAGUAAAUUGAGCUUAGGGAAUGGAUCAUCGGCUUAAAACAGUUUUACCUGUCAGCUCAGUCACCUACCUGUCUUUGGGAAAGAAGCUACUAUUUGUUUUAGAAAAUGAAAAUGUUAUUACCCUUUUCUCCAGCUGACUUCAAUUAUCCUCCUAGGUCUAGGUGUUCUAAAUUAGGUGUUUUAUAACCACUCCAUCAACAGACCACCUUUGUUGUGUUUGGGGCUCAAAAAGAACCCUAACUAGUAAGCUGCUUCUGAACUGAGAAAGCUCCUGACAUAUAGGAGGGAGCUGUAACUGCGUUUCCCAGAAUCUGAACAGGCUUACUAUUGCAUGUCCUAAACUGUCACAUUAGGAGACUACCGUUUUUGUAGAACCAUGUGAUGGCCCUGCUAUAUUACUACUACAUGUUCAUUUUCUCAAAGGAGGCCUAACAUUGCACUGAUGGCCAUCAUGGUUCCUGCACUAGAGUAUUCAGAGUAAACUGAUGCCAGACAAAUGUAGUUUACUGCAGGCUUACUGGAUCCUGACAUUUAAUUAAAUAUAACAUAAUCUAGUAAACACUGAAGUAACAAAUCAGUUGUUGAAACAUGAAAUAAAUGUUCUUCUGUAACAUGUCCAACUUUUCUUAAUGUGUUGAACAGAGAAAUCAAGUCAACUGGGAAUUUGACACCAAUCUAAAUGUGCUAUUUCCUAAAUGCUAAAAGUUCGACUCCAAAAUUCAACAGAAUGCAAUUAAAAUGGUGGUAUUUCUUUUUAUUACUAAUUCUACAUCUUUUUCAUGAACACUUAAUUCUGUUGGUCCUUGUGAUUAACGUAGUAUCUUGUUUUCAUUAUGUUUCUUAAGAAACAAGACAAGUCUUACCAAUCCACUUUGUGUUGUAGCAUCCAUUGCCUGUUGGUAGGCCACACUGUCAAGAAGUGACAGAGAAGUUCAGUGGUGAACGUGAGGGGAAAGAGGGAAACCAAAUAACCAAAAAGACCCCCAGCUUUCUCCUAGUGUGCUCAGAAACCUGGGCCCUUCAUCCACUACACUACCAGUAAACAAACCCUAAUUCAGGUUUCACACAUCCUCAAAGACAGCAGACACACUUAAGGAAAGGAAAUCACCCAUUGCCUGUGUCUAUAGUAUGUUGGCCUCCUUUUUCCUCUCAAAUAAUCAGCCUUCUACUUUGAUGUCUUUUUAAAAAAAAUAUGGACCCACAUGCAGUAUCCAUCUGAUCCUAUAAUGGCUUAACAAGAUCAUCUUCAAUUCUAUCCUUUGACUGCAAAUGAGGUAAUUUCACUUUUUAUGACUGAAUAAAACUGGUUUGUAAAUAUAUACAUUUUGUUUGUCCACUUGGUCGAUGUCUAUACUGAUUCCAUAGCUUGUUUGUAAACAAUGCCACAAUAAAUAUCAAUGUAAAUGCCUUUAUUUUUAAUAGCCACAAAUUUAAAAAUAUUAAAUACCUUCAACAGAUGGAUAAAGUGGUAUAUUCAUGUAAUAAAAUAUUAACACUAAAAGGAAAAAA